CAUCUCACCUCAUUUUCUUUUUUAUAUAUCAUCGAAUCCUACAGUCCUACUCAAUUGAAUCAUCCCAUUCUAGAAUUCUCAAUUGACCCAAUCAGUAACCAUACAUCUUCAAUAAGCGGAAACCAAAACAAAAUGACCUCUCCAACGGCGGCAAACACGUCCCUCACUUCCCGCACCGCCCAACUUCGCGCCCGCGCACAUAGUUUCUGCCAGGCUUUUCUCGAGGGGAGAUCCCCCUCCGAGACGCUCUCUACGCACUUCGUCCGGGGGAGUCCGAAAAUCACCGAGCACGGUCCGGCGAUAGAGCAAUUGCCCUUUUUGGGGAGGACGUUUGUGGGGCGCUCGUCUGGUGGAUCUCCUGAGAGCGUAGGAAAUUCGUGCGACGACUACUUCACUCUACUAUCCGAGACGCUGCGGUUUCACCCGCACGAGCACACCUUCCCGUCGCAGCCGGGCGGGUACAUUGUGGACGCGGGAUCAGAUAAUGGGAACGGAACGGUAAAUGUCGUGGGAACUGCGCGGUUCGAGAGCAUCAAGACGGGCAAGUCGUGGGAGGAGACGUUUAUUUAUCGACUCAGUGGGUUCGAUGACGAUGGCUUGAUUGGGCAUUGGGAGAUUUGGGCAGAUCCGCUUAGUGCGUGGUUGGCUGUCGAGGGUAAAGCGGCUUGAGCAUUGAUGACGGGUGUGGGCUUUGUUUUUUGGUUUUUGGUUAGUUUCGAGCUGGAUGGGCGUCAAGGCGCUGUGAUUGAAAGUAAGCGCUGCAGUGGUUUCUAAAAGUCUGUUUCUAUGGAAUCUCCGAUGGUAAAUGGAAUCGGGCGUUGGUUUUCUGGCUUGUAUGAUGAUGAUGACGACAAAUCG